AUGAGCGCGACGCUUGCAACAAUCACCGCCACAACUCCCGUACUCCGCCGUGAGACGCCUCUUCUUCGUCAUUGUUCAUUCGGAGCAUCUCCAGUUUUCCGGGGAAACAGAGUUGGAGUCGGAUCCGGCGUGCUAACUGCCGGAAGGACAUUGUUGAGGAUCUCGGCGAGCUCUCAGAGCACUUCAUCGGCGGUCAAUGUCGCGGCGGAUGCGUCUUCAAUUCCAAGAGAGAUGAAGGCAUGGGUGUACGGUGAGUACGGAGGAGUUGAUGUUCUGAAGCUGGAGAGCAACAUUGCGGUGCCGGAGAUUAAAGAAGAUGAGGUGUUGAUUAAGGUUGUUGCGGCGGCUCUUAAUCCCGUCGACGCCAAGAGACGGCAAGGAAAAUUCAAAGCCACCGAUUCGCCUCUUCCGACGGUUCCGGGAUACGACGUCGCCGGAGUAGUGGUGAAAGUAGGAAGUACGGUGAAGGAUUUCAAAGAAGGAGACGAAGUUUACGCAGACGUAAGCGAGAAAGCAUUAGAAGGUCCGAAGCAAUUCGGUUCUUUAGCGGAGUACACGGCGGUGGAAGAGAAACUAUUAGCCUUAAAACCUAAAAACAUCGAUUUCGUUCAAGCCGCUGGGCUUCCGUUGGCUAUAGAAACUGCCGACGAAGGUCUGGUUAGGACAGAAUUCUCGGCCGGAAAGUCGAUUCUCGUUCUCAAUGGCGCCGGAGGUGUAGGGAGCCUUGUGAUUCAGCUAGCGAAGCAAGUGUAUGGAGCUUCAAAGGUGGCUGCAACAGCGAGCACAGGGAAGCUUGAACUAGUGAGAAGCUUAGGUGCUGAUUUAGCCAUUGAUUACACAAAGGAGAACAUAGAGGACUUGCCUGAGAAAUUCGAUGUCGUCUUUGACGCCAUUGGAAUGUGUGAUAAGGCGGUAAAGGUGAUUAAGGAAGGAGGGAAAGUCGUGGCCUUGACCGGAGCUGUCACGCCUCCUGGUUUCCGAUUUGUUGUGACAUCUAAUGGCGCGGUUUUGAAGAAACUUAACCCGUACAUUGAGAGUGGGAAGGUGAAGCCUGUGGUUGAUCCCAAAGGACCCUUCCCGUUCUCACGUGUAGCUGAUGCUUUCGCAUACCUAGAAACGAACCAUGCCACGGGGAAGGUCGUCGUAUAUCCCAUCCCUUGA